UUUACAGAGUGUAGUUACUCACACCCACCAACCAACACUCUCAACCUGACCAUUGUUAACCCGCCGUUGUUAACCUCACUCUCUCUCUCUCUCUCUCUCGCUCUCUGCGCAGACCCACUUCGUAAAAUUCGUCUCCGGCGAGUGAACUGCCGAUUUUGAUCGGGAGAGAAAACCCUUCCCGAAUCUCAGCCGCAAUCUCGCUACCACCUAGCUCGCAUUGUCGAGAUUCAUUCUAGGGUUUCGCGGGCAACCCCCGCCCGACGGAUGGGUCGCUAGGGUUUCGUGCGGUUUCGCCCCCGGCUCUCCUCCUCCCUUCAAAUGAGUCUCUCCCUCUCCCUCUCCUGCUUUUUCCUCUUCUCUCUUCUCGUCGCCCGCUCUGGAUCCGAGCCCGACGCCGCAUUCCUCUUGGAGUUCAAGAAGGGGAUCCAGGACGACCCGCUUGGGAAAGUCCUCGGGUCGUGGACCCAGUACGGGUCGGACCAGUGCCCCAGCUCGUGGGUCGGGGUCACCUGCGACAGCUCCGGCGCCCAUGUCACCGGCAUAGCCCUCGACCGCCUUGGGCUCGCCGGGGAGCUCAAGUUCCACACUCUGAUCGGCCUGCCGAUGCUGCAGAACCUCAGUCUCUCGGGUAACAACUUCACGGGUCGGAUCGCGCCCGCAUUGGGCUCCAUGGCCUCGCUCCAGCAUUUGGAUCUGUCUGGCAACAGCUUCUAUGGCCCGAUCCCUGUGAGAAUCACGGAUUUGUACAAUCUGAAUUACCUGAACUUAUCGUUGAACAGGUUCUCAGGCGGGUUCCCAUUUGGGAUUCGGAACUUGCAGCAGAUGAAGUACUUCGAUUUGCGCGGGAAUGCUCUACGGGGUGAUAUUGGUGAGUUGUUGACUGAGUUGAGGAAUGUGGAGUAUGUAGAUUUGAGUGGCAAUAACUUCUCCGGGAGUCCCUCAAUAGGAGUUCAGAAUGUUUCUAGCUUGGCAAAUACAGUGCAUUUUCUGAAUUUCAGCCAUAACGCCUUAAAUGGUGGGUUCUUCGAUGCUGAUUCGAUCAGAUUGUUUAGAAACCUGGAGGUUUUGGAUAUGGCCAGUAAUAUGAUUACUGGGCAGCUGCCUUCGUUUGGUGCAUUGCCCAAUUUGCGGGUUGUGCGAUUGGCAAAUAAUCUGCUGUUUGGGUCAUUGCCAACGGAGUUGUUUGAGUCAUUGAUUCCACUGGAGGAACUGGAUCUGAGUGGAAAUGGUUUCACAGAUUCAAUUCCAGAGAUUAAUUCUACCACGUUGAGGACUUUGAAUCUAUCGUCAAAUCGUUUAUCUGGUUCCUUGCCUAGGCUACCAAAAACAUGCACAACGGUGGAUUUGAGCAGCAAUAUGAUCUCUAGUGACAUAUCUACCAUUCAGAACUGGCAAGCACCAUUGGUAUUUCUAGAUCUGAGUUCAAACAAUCUGUCAGGAGCCUUUCCCAAUCUGAGCUCUCAAUUUGAGAGCUUAAUUACCUUGAAACUUCGGAAUAAUUCCUUAGUAGGCGUUUUACCCUCUUUAUCAGGCAGCUACCAGAAAUUGUCUGUUGUAGACCUUAGCUUGAAUGAAUUUCUGGGGACCAUCCCUGCUGGCUUUUUUAUGUCCACUUUGACUUGCUUAAACCUAUCAGGCAAUCAAUUGACUGGGCCAAUUCCUCUUCAAAGUUCACACGUGAGUGAAUUGCUAGCUAUGCCUACUUCCCAACAGAUGCAGUCUCUUGAUCUUUCUGGAAAUUCCUUAAGUGGUCCACUGCCUGCGGAGAUAGGGAACAUGGGGAGGCUUAAAUUGCUGAGUCUUGCAAGGAAUGGAUUGUCAGGUCAACUGCCUAGUGAGUUGAGCAAACUUACUUAUUUGCAGUACCUUGAUUUGUCGAGCAACAAAUUUUCUGGUGAUAUUCCUGGGAACCUUCCACUUAGCCUUGUUGUAUUUAAUGUGUCACAUAAUGAGCUGUCGGGUAUAGUCCCUGAAAACUUGCAAAGAUUUCCCAGUUCAUCAUUUAAGCCUGGAAAUCCUUCGCUAAUCUUGGGAAAUGUCCCAUCACCAAAUUCCUAUGGCAACCACUACGUCCCUUCGGGUGAACAUCGCAGUUCGAAAGGUAGUAUAAGGAUAGCAAUCAUUGUUGCCUCAGUCGGGGCUGCAAUGAUGAUUGUUUUUGUUUUAUUGGCAUAUCAUCGAGCACAGCUCAAAGAAUUUCGUGGGAGAAGUGGGUUCGGUGGCCAAAGUUCAGGGAGGGAUGUAAAGCUUGAAAGAUUUGCACGUCCUUCCCUAUUUAAAUUCCACCCAAGUGAUCAGCCUCCACCUACUUCAUUGAGCUUCUCGAAUGACCACUUGCUAACUUCAAAUUCUAGAUCAUUAUCGGGGCAAGCAGAGUUCAUGACUGAAAUUGCAGAGAAUAUUACACCUGAAGGAGGGGAAGUUACUUCAUCAUCUGCUGUCCCCAAUUUGAUUGAUGUUCAGCCUACGACAUCAUCUGCUGUCCCUAAUUUGAUUGAUGUUCAGCCUACGACAUCAGGAAGGAAGUCGUCUCCAGGAUCACCUUUAUCUUCCUCACCCCAAUUUAGUGAGGUUUAUGAACAACCUGUGAGGUUGGAUGUUUACUCACCUGAUCGACUGGCUGGAGAGCUGUUCUUCUUGGACCCUUCACUAGCUUUUACUGCUGAAGAGUUGUCCCGAGCUCCAGCAGAAGUUCUUGGCAGAAGCAGUCAUGGUACUCUAUACAAGGCUACUCUUGAUAAUGGUCAUAUGUUAACUGUGAAGUGGUUGAGAGUGGGACUAGUCAAACAUAAGAAAGAGUUUGCUAAGGAAGUCAAAAAAAUUGGCUCCAUGAGGCAUCCUAACAUUGUUCCACUGCGAGCAUAUUAUUGGGGACCCAGAGAGCAAGAGAGGCUCCUUUUGGCCGACUACAUCCAGGGAGAUAGCUUGGCAUUGCAUCUUUAUGAGACAACGCCCCGGAGGUACUCCCCAUUGUCGUUCAGCCAAAGGCUAAAAGUUGCCAUCGAUGUUGCUCGAUGUCUCACAUACCUUCAUGACAAGGGUGUUCCUCAUGGAAACUUAAAGCCGACAAAUAUACUCUUGACAGGCCCGGAGUACAAUGUUCUUCUCACAGAUUACGGUCUCCACCGCUUGAUGACUCCUACUGGGAUUGCAGAGCAGAUACUGAAUCUCGGAGCAUUGGGGUACCGUGCUCCUGAGCUCGCUAUUGCAGCUAAACCUCUGCCGUCAUAUAAGGCUGAUGUUUAUGCGUUUGGAGUAAUUAUGAUGGAAUUAUUGACUCGGAGAAGUGCCGGAGACAUUAUUUCAGGGCAAUCUGGAGCCGUUGAUUUGACGGAUUGGGUUCGCCUUUGUGAUCAAGAAGGGCGGGGGAUGGAUUGUAUCGAUCGGGACAUUGCAGGUGGAGAAGAACACUCCGCGGCGAUGGACGAGAUGCUCGCGAUUUCGCUCAGGUGUAUUAACUCUGUAAAUGAAAGGCCUAAUGUUAGACAAGUCUUUGACGAGCUGUGUGCAAUCUCGCUCUGAAAAGUGUACAUUGCGUGUGUUGGAAGUAGGUUUUUAUUAUGUUUUUUUUUUCCUUUUCCACUUGACCCAAUUGUUUUGUUCCUUCUUUUUUUUCCUCUUAAUUGGUUUCCAGCCUGGUAAUUUUUGGCUAAUUAUUACAACUUCCUUUUACAGAAAGCUCGUUGUAAAGGGAUGAUUCAUCCAUUGAUUUAUUCAAGUGUUCAAGUUUGAUCUCA